UAUCAUUGCGCAAGUGCGACAAGCCAGGCGAAAUUUUGGGUGAUGUUUUGCGAGGUUUCCGCGAUCGUGGCUUCACAAUCGGUCGUUUUCUAAAUCGCUGCCUCUCCUUCUGCAUCCUCUGGCUGGUGACCACCUACCUAUAUACCAUGUCUCUGCGCGUACUUUUCGCCACCGAUGCCAUGGCGCUAUUCGCAACCAAUGUCGCUUGUGUCUAUCUGCUUUCAUGGGUCAUUCUUCAUGAACAAUUUGUCGGUGUACGGAUUGUUGCGGUCAUUUUAUGCGACACCGGCAUUGCGCUGCUUGCAUACAUGGAUGGCAUUACGGAAAGUCGCACGCUGAGCGGUGUUGUGCUGGCAACGCUGGGCGCUGCCGGUUACGCAGUCUUUAGGGUUAUGUUCCGCAAAGUGAUGGGCGAUCCACCGAUUGGCCAGAUUGCAUUUGCCUUUACUACGCUUGGAUUUCUCAAUGCGUUACUGCUGUGGCCCGUUUGCGUGGGACUCUACUUGGCUGGCUAUGAGAGUAUGCCGUCAGAUCGUAUGCCAUGGAUUAUUUUACUAAUUGCCAGUAUAUUGUUAUUGGUUUUUCACAUAUUAAUGCAAUUCAGCGCAGCGGUCACUUAUAAUAUGUUUGUAACGCUCGGUUUGAUAACAGCAGUACCAGUUUCAGGAGCUUUGGAUGUUGUUCUCUAUGGCGCUACUUUCGCGGGAAUGAAAUUAGCUGGCGUCAUUCUAAUUGCUGUUGGCUUUUUCCUAGUUAUGUUCCCCGAAAACUGGCCGGACUACAUCACACGCUUGCUAAGAAAGAGUGGUCGUGCUAUACUGCGUUACCAAUGUUGUUGUGAAUUAGCUGAAAUUCAUUAUCCCCAUGCGAUGGGGUCGAGGUCCUCGCCACGGAUCGUUAACCGGUCAGCAUCCCACCAUUAUAGACUAUCGGACGGGAUACAUAAGGUCCCAUCUUCGGUCACCAUCUGGCCGUGUGAGAUGACUGACAUGUCGCCUACUGGAUUUCUACUCAAUAAUCAGCAUCAACAUCAACAUCAAACACAUCAACAAUACGGCGGCUAUUCCACAUCGUCGGGACUGCACUCGAGCAGUCAUAGUCACAGCAGCAGUUCAACGACACGUGCACCACCAAUUGGUAGUGGCGGCGGUGGUGUCGGCGGUCGUUUGUUUCCCUACUUUGGUGGUGAACACGAGCGUGAGCGUAAAAAAUCCGAAACGUCGUUUUUCAAUUUGGGCUUUCGGCGUAAAUCGACAGUAGUUUAUUAUGCUUCCACUGAUUAAAGGAGGAUUAGCUGCAUAAGAGUGUGACACACUGCGGUUAGGAGAGCAAGUGAAUGAUUCGAAUUUCAGACUGUAGCGAGUGGUGCGAGAGAGCAAGGUAUUAGUAGUUUUUCGUGGAAAUUAGUAGGUACUUGAUGUUCGAUGAAUGUUGAUAAUUGUGCAAGGAAACGAAAAUUAAAAAAAAACGAAAAAGAAUUUAUAUUCCGUAAUUGUGGUUUGAAUUUAUGCAAUUAAUAUUAUUAGAUAUGCAAAAUUAGUUAUUAAAUGUACUAAAUAUAUGUUGAACGAUUCGAAAUACAUACCAAUUACGUAAUGUGCGAAAGUACUUAAAAUUCUUGAAAGAUAUCAAUAACUUAUUUGAAAUAUGAGCCGUAGUAAAUUAUUGUAACGGCCC